UUUCCUGUUCUUGUCUUCUAGUAAACUGGGAAAUUAGCAGGCAGCUCUGCUUAUAAACUUAAGGACUCUGAAAUACCUGAAAAUGUAUGCAAGAGCUUGCAGCAUCAUGUUGCGCUUCAUUGAGCAUUAUAUUUACUAAGAGUACCAAUCAGAUAAUUUAGAAUUAAAAGUGACUAAUUGAGAAAUAUUUCAAGAGGCCAGAUGAUAAAAAGUAUCCUCAGGCCCCUGAGACUUGAAAGGAAUCUGAUGAAGAGGCAUAGCUUAUCAAGAACAAACCGGAGGACUGAUAGUAAAGGUAUACUAUACCAAUUCCCUACUAUCCAUGCUUAUCAAUGGCAUUAAUAGCAGAAUUGGGAAUCUAUGACUUAGUAGCCCAGUCCAAUAUUUCCAAGUUUGCGGCCGGAUUACUAAAACAUUGAACAAAGUUGAUUGUAAAAACUGUUUUCAUAUAUGAAUUUAGAGGGAACUAAGCUCAUCUCUCCUGACAAACUAGUUGGUAUUAUUAUGGAUGAUUUUAAUAUUUUCUGCGCGGUGAGCUACUUAUUUUUCAACAGGAUUUAUUAUUACUUAUACCGAAAACCUUUAAAAUCUAGGAGUUCUUUGGCAUUUAUAAGCAAGUAAUAACCAUAGAGUAAUUUGAGGGCAACCUUUUUGGAUGACGAUGUUGAAAAACCAUAUUCUCUAGAAAAUACGCCAUAAAUAGCUCUCAUGGAAGAAAAAUGAAGACACAAGACAAAUCUUAUCAAAUAGAUUUGAAUUCUAGAAAUAAUUGAUUCAAAAUAAACAGAAGGAGUCUGUUUUAGAAAUUCCAGAGCUUAAGAGAAGAACCAGUUAUUAAAAUCCAACUAAAUAAUUUGCA